AUGGCGGAAGCAUUUACUUUACAUCAAGAACUUUUAAAUCUUCAUGAUGCAAAUUAUUCUAUUUCAAAUGAAAUAUUUGUCGCAGACUUAAGCAAGGAAGAACUUGAUGAAAUGUUGAAUGUUAUUGAAGAUAAACUGGGCGAAGAUCCUUACUCGAUAACAAAUGAAGAGAUAUUUGAUGUUAUUCGUAGUUUUGUAAAAUACUUCAAUUCUUUAAACUCUGAGAUUAUGAAUCGAGUUUUUGUGAUUAUUUUUUCAGGAUUAAAAUCUGAAUAUGAUGCUCUGAUUGAAGAUUUGAAUAAUGAUAAUGAGGAGAACUUUGAUGAUCACAAAAAAACUUUGGAAAUAUAUGGCUUUUUGUUAUUUUGGUUGAUCACUGACGUAGAAAAUAAAAUAAAUUCUAAAAUUGGCGUGACUGGGUCUUUAGAAACAACAAAUAUGUCAGCUGCUAAAAAGACUAAAUCAAAAUCAAAACAACCAAGGCCAAAACAGUCAAGGCCAAAAUCUAGUUCUUCUGUGAAUGCCAACUCUUAUGAAUGGGAUUGGAAUUGUCAAAAAGAAGAGGCAUUAUCUUUAAUGAAAAAGAUCUUGGCUACAUCUAUCAAAAAUUUGAUUUAUGAAAUUAUUUCAAUAAGUGUAAAGGAUUAUAAUCAUGGAUUUGAUGCUAAAACAUAUAUUAUUCAGAAUUUGCAAUAUUAUGAUUUUCUUUCAGAUUCAAUGGCAGAGCUCUUACAAGUACUUGUUGAGCAAUAUGACAAUACACAAUUAGUCGAAGAUGUUUUAAUAGAAAUUUCGAAUAAAGAAUUCACUAGUCAGGAUAAUAAUAAUGUUUCAAAAUCCUUUUCAAAAUUUCUAAUAAAGUUAUCAGAACUUAUACCAAAUUUGGUGAUGAAACAAAUCAGUAUUCUCGUUAUUCAAUUAGAUAGUGAGUCCUAUAUAAUGAGAUCCUGUUUGAUGGAAACACUUGGUAAUCUCAUUACAUAUUUGGUCAACAAUGAAGAUGACAUGCAAUUAAAUCAAAGCCAAGUAAAUAGUUUCUUUGAUGCUCUUGAAGAACGCUUUCUAGAUGUAAAUGCCCUUUGUCGCUCUAGAUUAUUACAAGCAAAAUUUCCAAAACGUAGACAAACAUUAACAGACUUGGUUGUUCGGUCUCUUGAGGAUAAAAGUUGUCAUGUUCGAAGAAAUUCCAUCAAAUUAUUAACAACUUUAAUUACUACGCAUCCUUAUGGAGUAAUACAUGGUGGCGAAUUGAAAUUAUCUGAAUGGGAAGAACGACUAUCAAAGAUUGAAGAAGAAUUGAAGUCUAUACAAGCUCCACCAGAGCUUCAAGAAAUUAAUACAGAGGAUGAUUUCGCAAGGCUUCAGCUUACUAGACGAUACUAUGCAGACGCAAUUAGAUUUAUUAAUCAGAUACACACCGCUAUUCCUACUUUGUGUCAACUGCUUGCUUCCACCACAAAAUCAGAGGUGCUUGAAACAAUUGUCUUUUUUGAGACGGCACAUACGUAUAAAAUGGAAUUUGCUUCUGAAGGAAUUAGCAAGAUGUUACAUUUAAUUUGGACAAAUGAUAAUAAUGAUGAGGGUAAAGGUGUCAAAAAUCGGUUGGUUGAAAGUUAUAUAAAAAUGUAUCUUGAAACAACUGAAAUGAUAAGCCCCGCUGAAAAGGCUAAUCAGAUAACUAAAAAUUUAAUAAGUUUGACAAUUAAUGCAACGCUUGCUGAAUUAACUUCACUUGAACAACUGCUGAGCAUAAUAAUGAAUGAGAAAGAUGCUAUAUCAGAAGAAGUCAUUGCCAAAUUAUGGUCAGUUUAUUCCACACAAAAAGAUAUACCAAAAUCUCGUCGAAGAGGUGCUAUAAUUAUAUUAAGCAUGUUGGCAAAUGGUAAGAUUGAUAUUGUAAAAGAAAAAAUAGAUUUAUUAUUAAAAAUUGGAUUAGGACCACUUGGUAAAGCUGAUUUAAUCCUUGCAAAAAAAACGGUAAAAUUGUUUGAUCUUAAACAACAUUCUGACGAUGAUAUGGAAAUUGACAUGGCAGGCGAGGGAGAGAAUUCAUCAACACCCGAAGCAUUUAUGCGAGAUCCAAAUCAAUUAAGUCAACUUAUAUUUAUUGCAGGGCAUGUAGCGAUCAAACAGAUAGUCCAUCUGGAAGCGAUUGAAUUGGAAUGGAAAAGACAAAAAGUUGAAUUAGGCAAACAUAAGGGUUCAACGAAUUCUAUAGAUGAUGAAUUAGAACAAGUGACAGGAACCAGUGAAGAUGAUAUAUAUGAAGUUUUAAUGUAUAUUCGUGAACAAGAACUUCUUUAUGGCUCUGAUUCAUUGUUAUCAGUUUUUGGACCUUUAGUAGUACACAUAUGUUCAAUAAACAAAAGUUAUAAUAAUCAAAUGUUACAAGUAGUAUCAACUUUAACAUUAACCAAGUUCAUGUGUGUCAGUUCUAAAUUCUGUGAGGACAAUCUACAACUACUAUUCACAAUACUGGAAAAAACCAACGAUCCAACAAUAAAAUGUAACAUUAUCAUAGCGUUGGGUGACAUGACAGUUUGUUUUAAUAAUGUCAUUGAUCAGCAUAUUAAUUAUUUGUAUAAUAGAUUGUCGGAUGAUAACACACUGGUUAAGAAGAAUGCAUUGAUGGUGUUAACACAUUUGAUUCUUAAUGGAAUGAUCAAAGCUAAAGAUCAACUUAUCGAAAUGCAUAAAUGUUUAGGGGAUGAUGAUCAGAGAAUUAGCGACCUCGCUAAAUUAUUCUUUUCGGAAUUGCAAACUAAAGAUAAUGCUGUGUAUAAA